AUGUCAGCGCUUCGUGCUAGACUAGGAUAUUCUACCGUGCUUGCUAGGAGGUUACUUUAUCAUUCACAAACUAAUUCUAAGAUAAUUACUUAUGCCAUAAAUUCAUCCAAAACCAAUGUACAAAAUUUUAAUUUGGCUUCAACUUAUUCUACUAUCUCGGAUCAAAAACCAGAAGAUAAAUUAAAAAGCAAUCCAGAGAGAAAAGAAUUUCAGGCAGAAACUCGUAUGCUUUUAGACAUUGUUGCACGAUCUCUGUACUCAGAUAAGGAAGUAUUUAUAAGAGAACUUAUUUCCAAUGCUAGUGAUGCUUUGGAGAAAUUUCGAUACUUAAGUGUAAGCUCAACACCAGAGUCGCCAAAGUUAGAAAGUGUUGACAGGUCUCUUGAAAUUAAGUUAAUUACAGACAAACAAAAUAGAACUCUUACUUUUGAGGAUUCAGGAAUAGGAAUGACCAAAGAAGAACUUAUACAAAAUCUUGGUACAAUUGCUCGAUCAGGAUCAAAGUCAUUUAUUGAAGAAAUUAAGAAACAAGGGGCUGAACAAGCUAGCUCAAUUAUUGGACAAUUUGGUGUUGGUUUCUAUUCAGCUUUUAUGGUAGCUGAUAAAAUAGAGGUAUUUACAAGAAGUAGUAUUGCUGGUUCCCCUGCAUAUAAAUGGAGCUCUGACGGGUCUGGAUCCUAUGAAAUUCAAGAAAUAGAUGAUGCACCUAUUGGAACUAAAAUUGUUGUAUAUUUAAAAACAGACUGCAGAGAAUUUGCUGAUGAUACUACUGUUAAAAAUAUAAUAAUGAAGUACAGCAAUUUUAUUGGCAGCCCUAUUUUGUUAAAUAAUGAGCAAAUCAAUUCUAUUAAGCCACUGUGGCUAAUGGAUCCAAAAGAGGUGACACAAGAGCAACAUAUAGAAUUUUAUAGGUUUAUAAGCAAUUCCUAUGACAAACCACGAUUUACUCUACACUACAAAACAGAUGCACCCUUGAGUAUUAGAUCUAUUCUUUAUGUACCUGAAGGCAAACCUGGGCUUUUUGAACUAUCUCGAGACUCGGAUGUGGGUGUGGCUCUGUAUUCUAGGAAAAUUUUGAUUAAGAGUAAAGCUGAGAAUAUAUUGCCUAAAUGGUUGAGAUUUGUUAAAGGUGUCGUUGAUUCCGAAGACAUUCCACUUAAUCUUAGUAGAGAACUGUUACAGAAUAGUGCAUUAAUUGCGAAAUUACGCAAUGUUCUAACAAAUCGCUUUCUGAAGUUCAUAAUUGAUACAGCUAAUAAAGACCCAGUUGGAUAUGACGCAUUUUAUAAGGACUAUUGUCUAUUCUUUAAAGAAGGCAUUGUGACGAGUCAGAGUCCAUUAGAAAAGGAAGAAAUUGCGAAAUUACUCAGAUUUGAAUCAUCUAAACUGGAAAGUGGUACCAAAACAUCUUUAUCAGAUUACAAUGCCCGACAAAAAAAUGACCAAAAAAAUAUUUAUUACUUAGCUGCUCCAAGUCGUGAGCUAGCGCAGUCGUCGCCAUAUUAUGAAUCUCUGAAAAAACGCGAUGUUGAAGUUCUAUUCUGCUAUGAAAUGUAUGAUGAACUAGUCUUAUUAGAAUUAAAAGAAUUUGGCGGGCGGCCCCUUAUUUCUGUAGAAAAUGAUAUGCAAAAAGAUUCAGCGGAACAAUCCGACACUAUUAUCGGAAGUGACGACUUGCAAAAAGGACAAAUCGAUGAAAUUAUCUCAUUCCUAAAAUCACAUUUAUCUGGUAAAGUAUUUGAAGUGAGAACUACACAAAAACUGGACUCUCAUCCUUGCGUGAUCAUAGUCCCGGAGAUGGCGGCCGCGCGACACUUUAUUCGAACACAAGCGCAAAACCUGAGCGAAGAUAACAGAUUUGCUUUAUUAAGACCACAAUUGGAAAUUAACGCUAAGCACCCUAUAAUCAAAAAACUUCAUAAACUUAUAUCCAAUGAUAAAGAGCUGGCAAAUAUGGUGGCGCAACAGUUAUUUUCAAAUGCAAUGGUGACAGCAGGCCUUUUAAUGGAUGCUAGGAACUUAAUAACGAAUAUCAAUGAACUUCUGAUUAAAGCAAAGUACAACAUAACUGAAUGUAAUACUAACACUUGCUUACAUCCU